UGGCGACCGUUACCUACCACACUCUUCGGCUGCCCGGACUUAGACCCUCAGUAGCUCGGGCGCCUAAGCACACAGAAAGCUAGAACACGCAUUUCCGGGGCGGGGCCUCGCCACCCUGCCUAUCAGGAACCUGGAAGGCGAUGGAGGUGGCCGCUAAUUGCUCGCUGCGGGUGAAGAGACCCCUGUUGGACCCCCGAUUCGAGGGUUACAAACUCUCCCUCGAGCCGCUGCCCUGUUACCAGCUGGAACUAGACGCAGCUGUGGCAGAAGUAAAACUUCGAGAUGAUCAAUACACACUGGAACACAUGCAUGCUUUUGGAAUGUAUAAUUACCUUCACUGUGAUUCAUGGUAUCAAGACAGUGUCUACUACAUUGAUAACCUUGGAAGAAUUAUGAAUUUGACAGUGAUGCUGGACACUGCCUUAGGAAAACCACUAGAGGUAUUUCGACUUCCUACAGAUUUGACAGCGUACGACAAUCGCCUUUGUGCAUCUAUCCAUUUCACAUCUUCUACCUGGGUCACCUUGUCAGAUGGAACUGGAAGAUUAUAUCUCAUUGCAACAGGCGAACGUGGAAAUAGUGCUUCUGAAAAAUGGGAGAUUAUGUUUAAUGAAGAGCUAGGGGAUCCUUUUAUCAUAAUUCACAGUAUCUCAUUGCUGAAAGCUGAAGAACAUUCAAUAGCUACCCUGCUUCUUCGAAUAGAGAAAGAAGAAUUGGACAUGAAAGGAAGUGGUUUCUUUGUUUCUUUGGAGUGGGUCACUAUCAGUAGGAAAAAUAAAGAUAAUAAAAAAUAUGAAAUUAUUAAGCGUGAUAGUCUCCGUGGAAAGUCAGUGCCCCAUUAUGCUGCGAUUGAGCCUGAUGGGAAUGGUCUAAUGAUCGUCUCCUACAAGUCCUUCACAUUCGUUCCAGUUGGUCAAGAUGUUGAAGAAAAGAAGGAUGAAGACAUGUCAGAUAAAAUCAAAGAUGCAUUUUUUCCCCCUAUAGAGCCUCUGUAUUACUGGCAACAGACUGAAGAGGAUCUGACUGUCAUGAUACGGCUUCCAGAAGAGACUACUAAGGAGGACAUUCAAGUACAGUUUUUGCCUGAUCAUGUUAACAUUGUGCUGAAGGGUCAGAGGUUUUUGGAAGGAAAGCUCCAUUCAUCUGUUGAUCAUGAAAGCAGUACAUGGAUAAUUAAAGAAAAUAAUAGCUUGGAGAUUUCCUUGAUUAAGAAGAAUGAAGGACUGACGUGGCCAGAGCUAGUAGUUGGUGAUAAGCAAGGGGAAUUUAUAAGAGACUCAGCCCAAUGUGCUGCAAUAGCUGAACGUUUGAUGCAUUUGACCUCUGAACAACUGAAUCCAGAUCCCGAUAAAGGAAAACCUCCUUGUAAUGCUCAAGAGUUAGAAGAAUGUGAUAUUUUCUUUGAAGAGAGUUCCAGUUUAUGCAGAUUUGAUGGCAACACAUUAAAAACUACUCAUGUGGUGAAUCUUGGAAGCAACCAGUACCUCUUCUCUGUCAUAGUGGAUCCUAAGGAAAUGCCCUGCUUCUGUUUGCGCCAUGACGUGGAUGCCCUGCUCUGGCAGCCACACUCCAGCAAACAAGACGAGAUGUGGGAGCACAUCGCCACUUUCAAUGCUUUAGGCUAUGUCCAAGCAUCAAAGAGAGACAAAAAAUUUUUUGCCUGUGCUCCAAAUUACUCCUAUGCAGCCCUUUGUGAGUGCCUGCGUCGAGUGUUCAUCUAUCGUCAGCCCACUCCCAUGUCCACUGUACUUUACAACAGAAAGGAAGGCAGGCAAGUAGGGCAGGUUGCUAAGCAGCAAGUAGCAAGCCUGGAAACCAAUGAUCCUAUAGUAGGCUUUCAAGCAACAAAUGAGAGAUUAUUUGUUCUGACUACCAGAAACCUCUUUUUAAUAAAGGUGAAAACAGAGAACUAGUUACUCCGACAUGUUGACUCCUCUGUGCUGGGGAGUAGGUGUCAGUGGUAGCUGGAAGUCUGGGCAGUCAUGCUGUAACCUGUUAAGUUUUCAUGUGUUAAAGAAAAUGAUCUUGUAUGAAUUUUUAUUUUUUAAAGGAUAUUGGAAAUAUAUUCAAGAGAUUAUGAUUCUAUAAAAGCUGAAAAUUUAGAGAAAAUUGGCUUCUGUAAAAAAAGUAGAUACCAUUAGCAGUGUAAUUAUUUUUUAAAAGCAGAGGCUAGAAUAUUUUAUAUGAAAAAAUGUACAGUUCAUUGUUUAAAAAUAAAA